UAACCAUUAAGAUUAAGUAAUAUGUCAUUGGAAACGAGUUCUGAUGGAUUGUCUGAAGACACUUUUGUCUUAGACGAUAAAUUGGCCAGAAUUAGAACUCAAAUUAAUUCCAAGUUGGAUAAUCAAAAGCAUUUAGCCUUAAUUUUAUCAGCCGUUGAAGAGAACAUAGAAGAACAAAAAAAUGAAAAGACUCCUGUUGCUUAUUUCGUAUCAUUUUUAUCGUUAUUAAAUCAAUCUGUUAAAGAUGAUGUUAUUGUGGAUUCAGGAUUAGCAACUACCACGGCAUACUUUUUAGAUCUUGUUCUUCCAUUUACUCCUAAACCACUUUUAAAAGCUAAAUUUAGUGAAAUUUUAACUAAAUUAGCUCCUGCGCUUACAAAUCCUGAAUCAGAAGCUCCAUUAAUUAGAUCUACUAUUGGAGCUUUAGAAUCAUUAUUAUUAGCUCAAGAUAAUCAACAAUGGAAUUCAAAUGGUAAUAUUUCUCCAAAGAGAGCCUUUGUAGGUUUAUUAGAAUUAUCCUUUGAUCCUCGUCCUAAAGUUAGAAGAAGAGCUCAAGAUUCAGUUAAUAAAAUUUUAUCAAAUCCACCACCUUCUCCAUCCCCAGCUCAUUCUGUUUCUUCAUUAGCAGGAGAUAUUUCAUUAACCAAGUUAACUUCUUUAAUUGAAGAAUCUAGAAAAAAUAAAACAAGUAAUAAAGAAUUAAAUUCUCAAAUCAUUCAUUGUUUACAAUUAAUUGGUUCUAUUACUUCUUCAAAUUCAUGGCCCGUUAAUAAAAUUGAACCAUUAUGUGAUAUAUUGUUGGAAAUUUCCAAGACUUCAGAUCAAUAUUUAGUUUCUGCUGCUUUCUCAGCAUUUGAAGGUUUAUUUAAAUCAAUGGCAGAUGUAAUUAAUUUAGAAAAAUUUUCAAAUGUUUUAAAUAUCAUUUUUGAUUUAAAACCUUCCAAGAACGAUACCCAUUUAGCAGCAUCAUGGUUAGCAGUAGUUGCUAAGGCUUUGGAAUGUUUUGGUAAAUCAUCUCCACAAGACGCAAUUCGUCGUAUUCCUCAAUACUUUCCUAUAAUAUCAGAAUUCUUAUCUAGUGAAUCUCAAGAUAUUUAUAGUUCUGCAUCACAAUGUUUAAUUGCAAUAAUUACUGAAGUUAUUCCUGAUAAUUAUUUAUUAAAUCCAGGUACUGUGGAAGAAGUUACUGAAGAAAUAUAUGAAUUAAUGGAUGAUACAAUCACUUAUUUAGCAGAAUAUAUUGAAAAGGAAUUACUUUCAAUUAAAUUUCAAUAUGCUACAAAAGAUAUUCUUGAAUUCAUUAGUGCUACUAUUUUGAAAUUAAGAACUCGUUGUAAUCCUGAUUUCUUAGGAAUAGUUGGUGUUGUGGGUGAAUGGAGAACAAAUGAAACUGAUCAAUUCCCAUAUAAUACAGAAGCUGAUAAUGUUAUUGCUGCUUCAAUAAGUACUAUGGGACCAGAUGUUGUAUUAGGAGUUUUACCAUUAAAUUUAAGUAAUGGUAAUCUGCAAGGUAGAGCAUGGCUUUUACCUUUAUUAAGAGACAAUGUCAGAUUUACUGAUUUAAACUAUUAUAAGAAAUCUAUCUUACCAAUUAUAGAAUUUUUUGAAAGUAAAAUCAGUGCUAGUAGUAACAAAGAAUCAGUCAAUGUUAAAAUCUUCCAAACUAUUGUCGACCAAAUUUGGAGUUUAUUACCUCAUUUCUGUGAUUUACCAAAGGAUUUAAUUGUUGCAUUUGAUGAUUCAUUUGCUGCUCAUUUAUCUGAUUUAAUGUAUUCAAGAGUUGAAUUAAGAGUUCCUAUUUGUCAUGCUUUGAGAUUAUUGGUAGAAUCUAAUCUUGCCUAUCGUGAAGGAGCUUUAGAAGAUGAUUUAUUAACUAUUCAAGAAUUCCCAAUAAGUCAAGCAGUAAAGAAUUUAGAAUAUCUUUCAACAAAAGCUUCUAACAUAUUAUCUGUUUUAUUUAAUGUUUAUUCUUCAACCUUACCAGAAUCUAGAGGUUUUGUUUUAGAAACAAUCGAUAGUUAUUUACAAGUUAUGUCUAAUGAAGAUUUAGAAAUUACAUUUAAUAAAGUUUGUGGUUUGUUUAAAACUUCAUUGGAUCAAGAAGCUAGUCAAGAGAAAUCAAAACAUGAUAAUUCUCCAAAGUUGAGUGUUACUAUGAUGGAUUUAAUUGUUGCUAUGGCUAAGUAUGUUCCUGAAACAUCUUAUAAUGCAUUAUUUACUAUAUUUUCUGGAACUGUUACUUCUGGACAAGAUGCAUUAACUCAAAAGAGAGCUUAUAGAAUUAUUUCUAAAUUAUGUGAAACUGAAAAAGGUAAAGUAGCCAUAAGAGGAUUUAUUAAUGAAAUUGAAAGAGUCUUUAUCGAAACUACUGAAGGGACUCAUAGUUCUGCUCGUGCUUCAAGAUUAAAUGCUAUUCUGGAAAUCUUAGAUUUGUUACCUGAAACUGAUCUUUACUUCAUUCCAGCAACUUUACAAGAAAUUAUUAUUUCUACCAAGGAUGUCAAUGAAAGAACUCGUGAAUUAUCAUAUACUAUCUUAAUCAAAAUGGGUAAUGCUAUGUUAAAAGGAGGUGUUGUAGAAAAUUCUAAAGUUCCAGGAUUCCCAGAAGAUUCACCAAAUACUGAAGCUAAUAUUACAGAAUAUUUAACUAUGGUAAGUGCCGGUUUGGCUGCUCAAGCUCCGCAUAUGAUUUCUGCUACUAUUACUGCUAUUUCAUGUCUUAUGUUUGAAUUUAAAGAUAAAUUACCAACUGAAGUAUUAUUAGAAAUUUGUUCAACUGUUGAAUUAUUCUUAACUCAUAAUUCAAGAGAAAUUGCUAAAUCAGCUAUUGGUUUCGUUAAAGUUGAAGUUUUGUCAUUACCAGAAGAAUUAAUUAAAAAUAAUUUAAAGGAAUUAUUGGAAAAAUUAAUGAAAUGGUCUCAUGAACAUAAAGGACAUUUUAAAUCAAAGGUUAAACAUAUUUUAGAAAGAUUAAUAAGAAAGUUUGGUAUUGAAGAAGUUGAAAAUGCUAUACCUGAACAAGAUAGAAAAUUGGUGGCUAAUAUUAAAAAGUCAAGAAAUAGAGCUAAAAGAAAACAACAAGAAGAAACUGAAGAAGAUGGUAAAUCUACAUCUGGUGAAAAGAAAUUUGUUUCUGCAUAUGAAGAAGCAUUAUAUGAUUCUGAUUCAGAUGAUGAUAAUGAUAAUGAAGAAGUAGAUCAACGUAAAUCUAACAAGAAGGCACCUGCUCAAUUUAUUUUAGAAAAGGGUGAAGAUCCAUUAAACUUGUUAGAUCGUCAAACUUUAGCUCAUAUUUCUUCUUCUAAACCUAGUAAAUUUUCUAAGAAAGAUGUUAAAGAAUCUCAAUUUAAGACUAAGAAUGGUAAACUUGUUUUCAAUGAUAAUGAUAAUGAUGAAGAUCCAUUGGCUAAUAAGGGUUCUGGCCUUGAUGCUUAUUUAGAAGCUGUUAAACAAGCACCUAUUAGAGGUCAAAGAAAUAAAUUGAAAUAUAAGAGAGGUAAUAGAAAUGCAGAAGAUGAUUGGUCUGAUGAUGAACAAGAUACACCAGAAACUUCAAAUAGAACUAAAAACCCUAAUAAGGGUAAGAAUUUGACUAAUUCUAGAGUCAAUAAACCAAAACAGAAGUUUAAGGCUAGAAAGAAGCUUUAAACUAAUUUUUUGCAUCCGUUAUAUAUGUAUAUUAGCAAUAAAAUAAAUAAAUUUCAGUAUUAACUAAAGUCGUGCGCAAUGUAAUUUUUCAA